CGACUGGAUUGACUGGUGCGUAGAUACAUAUAUAUACUCGUUGCGCUAAAUAACCAAGUUUGUCUGAUUACGAACCUUAUGAAGUUUUAGAAAUUUGUCAAAUGAUCCAGAUUUAAAGCACAUCCUACCAAUUGAUGCGGAGGGGAUCGGAUUGUACAGCAGUGUUCGCGAUUGGAUAUUGCUAUUGUAAGUGAAAAGGACUUACGAGAACAGACUACCGGUAUAUAAAUAUGCAUCGGUACCAAACGUGGUGAAUGGUUUCAGCUUUUGGGGAAAUGUGUGGGAACAUUAAUAUUGUAGUAAUUAAUCGAUUUUUGUGGAUUUCUUAACUUUGUGGGUGUAGCAUGAGCAGUUGUUGAACGAUCUUGGCUAAAUGAUUCUGAAGUAAAUCGGCGAAAAACUACAAAGGACAGCGGUAUAACAGUAAUUAACAAUUAAAUUUAAAGGUUUAUAAGGGUCUGAGUCACCGCCAAAGCGCGGGCCGCAAGUCUUUAUGAUAAAGACUUUAUCGCAGCAUACCGGCAGAACUUGCUGUAUGCUCAUGCUCAUUGGCCAACAUUGACCACCGUUCAUCACGUUGGCCACGCCUGCUAUGAAAACCGUGAGAGCGAACCGGUUUGCAGUCUUUUAGUGCAGGCGGAAUCAGUUGCGCUUUUUUAAAUUCAGUUUCAAAAACUGAUGUGAGGACUGAUUUGUAGAGUAAAAUUUUGUGGUUAUUGCGAGACUUUUCGUACUAUGGCCGAGCUGCCGUAUAAUUAUAAGUGCAAAGCUGCGGGAUGUGCGUGCAGCAUCCCGUCCCGGGAUGAGAUUGAUCUUUCGUUCGCGACACAAGGGAAUACAAAAUGCAGGUGUGAUCAUUACGUUGGAAUCCAUCACCUGAUCAACAAUGUGGAACCACAGGUCAACCAGAUGGUCGUUUCUCUUGCCGGACGUUCCGACAACCAGCGCGAAGCGGGAGGGAUACAGAACGUUACCGGCAGUGUGGGUCAGCUGUCGACUGCUGCAGCAGUGAUACCAUCCGGGAAUGCUGCACUACCAUUGUCUGGAGGGCCAUACCGCACUGUGCAGCCCGGUUUCGGUACAACUGGAAUGCAGCGACCGGGAAUGGUCCACCAACCUCAAGUCCAACGAGGAUUGUCGAUUGGGGAAAUCAGCAGCGGUGUGCAAGGAUUCCCGGGAAAUCGACCAGGUGGAAUCAGCGGCGGUGUGCAAGGACUGCCGGGACAUCGGCCAGGCGGAUUUAGCGGCGGUGUGCAAGGACUGCCGGGACAUCGGCCAGGCGGAAUCGGCUAUCCGCAUGCUGCGUCUUCGCCGCCGAUGCCACGACCGGCACGUGGUGGGCGUGCUCGCGGUAGCUUACCGAAGCGACAGUGCAUGGAUAGCUUUCGAUCUCCGGCAGGCGGACAGUCGGCAUCAAUGGGUGGACAGUUGGCAUCGGGAGAUAUAAUGGAAAUACCUCGGAUGAACUGGAAGUUAUACGUGAAAGUGUAUUGCUUCCGCUUGUUGGAAGGCAAUGUUAUUCCAAACAAAAGAAUGCGAGAGGAUCAAGCGGAGAUUGAUUUCAUGAAACAUGCUGGGCUCAUUAAGCAAGUCGUAUUUGAAGAGCUUAGCGGUGUGCAUAUUGCGGCAAAGAUUUCUCAAGAAUUUUGCGCAGAACUUCGUGGCCGUAAUUGGACGUUACUGACCCGCGUAUUUGUGAACGGAAAGUUUGAUGGACAUCAUCUGCAUCCGUCCUAUUUAGCAGUUACGUCGCCAUCGUGGAAGAUUGCAGAUAUGUUUACCGAAGAGCCACCAGUCCACGAAGCCUGCCGGAGAAUGUUAAUUGCGCCAGCGGAAGGCACCAUCACCAUUCCAUGGGAAACAAUUGUUGGAUAUGCAAAUUCAUUGGGCAAAACUGUCAGUGAGUUGGGAUUGCGCGAAAUAACUGAUGAUGGAUUCGAUGAUUGCCAGCCAUCGACUUCUGGCCGCCGACAGCCGUCGCUACCAGUGGUGGCUGAACGCCAGCGUUCUGCCCAGUUACCUCCCAUUGAGAUGGAUGAAUCACCAUUAUCCUCGCCGGUUCGCCGUGUACGAAAUUCUUUUGGUGUGCAUACAUCAGUUUGCCGUGUCGGGGAAACCAAUCGCGUCUACACCAUUGAUAGCGAUCCGGAGGAUAUGAGCAAUAAUUCCAGUGAAACGUUGAAAGCAAACGAUGCCGACUCAGAAGUGAUUGAUAUUUUUGGCGAAGACAUCAGCGAAGAAAGGCCAUUGAAGUUUAUGAAAGUUGAUGAUUUCCCUACGCAUGAACAGGGUGAAGUUUUGUCAAUUGAUGGCGUUCGCUCAAGCCUUUGUUUCAAGGUGACAAAAAACGUUCCCAUGUAUAAGUCGGGUAUUGUCUUCGUCUGGAUCUCGGCAAAUACAAACGCAAAGAAUGUGGAGAAUUUCAUCAAGUUUUACUGUGACAAUGCUGACAGACUGGCUGUCAGCGGAAGAUUUGAAGUGCAAAUGGGCGAGGCGUCGGACUGGGAUGGGCCAUUUAAAGAAUGCAUCACAAUGAUGCUGGAAGCCUUUCGGCACUACGUUUUACCGGAUACUGGCACACCUGGCACACCAAUGUUCGAGAAAGAAGGCAAUGUGACCCUGAUAACUUCGGUUUUCAUUGUUACGAAAGACGGACAGUCAGCUCUGAAAGCGUUUGGGUAUCUGCUGCGGUUGGCGAUCAUUCACAGCUGUCCGUAUCCAAACUGGUUCAAUAAUUCUGCCAUUCGUUACGCACUGGACUUGCCAAUCGACGUGAACGAUGUGUAUCUGUUCAGCCCGGGAGUGCGUGAUAUUAUUCAAGGAAUCCUACACGGCACGGGUGAAAUUGUUUGGGGAAAUGAGGCGGCGCUGCGUUACUGGGCAGAGCACAAUCCGAAAUUUCCGACAGUUGCCUUACUGUCACAAGGCCGAGAAAAAUUUUGUCAGUUUAUGGCGGAAUUUGAACUUAUCGGCAAAAGAGUUUUCAAUUUGAAGCAUCUCUUGGAUGGAUUAUUGGCCGGUGCGAUGGCGCAGGAAUUUAUGAAAGUUAGAGCCGAAUGGAAAUUCAUCGAACUGUGUGUCUAUCGCUACUUGACGCCAGAAGACGAUCUACUGGAACAAUUUGUGCCUUAUGACGAAGAAGGUGCAGAUCCUACGCGAGUUGACGAGGAAGUGGAGAUGAUGAACUGGCUGGACGAUAUUAUCAAGCAAGAUCUUAGUUUCAAUGAGCGUCGAGAAUUUCUCCAUUUUAUCACUGCUUCAUACUCUAUCCCGGCUGAUCCUUUAAUCCAGGUGGUGUUCACGGACCGCCGAAAUGGAGGACGUCGCCCAGUGGCAUCAACCUGCAGCAAUAAAUUGACGCUGCCAACUGGCUGUCCUUCUAAGGAAAAACUAUUGGAAAUGGUGCGCGAGUGCAUCGCAUCUAUGGGCAGUUCGAUGUCUGGACUGAUGCAGUUGAAGUGAAUUCGAGGUCAGCUAAAUCUGUAACCAUAUGACGGAAGGUUGCGGAAUAACGGAAUACUCGUCAGAUAUGGGAGAUGUUGAAUUGGAAUAAGUCGUCUUGGGAUGCUGUACAAGCUGUUUCGAUAACGCCGCGAAAUGGGUGGUUAUGUAAUGAGUUUCUUAGAGACAACAUUUUCUAUGAUUAGUAAACUCUUGCGAAGUUAUGCACAGGCGAUGCAGUGAAAUGAGACGGUACUGUAAAAUUCAUGUCUUAUUCUUGUUAAUUUGAACUCGAAGCCGUAUUUAUGAGCAUUUUGAGUGCUUCUGAGCUGCUGACAUUUUACUUUCUGCGUAUGGUGUUGAUGAAAUGCCUUCCGUUAUUCGACCAAUAUUUUUGCGAUUACUGUAUGGUUGACUGCUACUUUCAUGUUUAAGUGCCGCAAGGCGGAAUUUACAUUAUCAAUAAAAACAUAACAGUUUAAUGC